AUAUCUACGGUUGGACCUUGUUGGACUGAUGGGUGUGGGAAUGCCGCUUGUGGAGCAUCUUUACCUGGAACAUGUCCUGCAAAGUGUGUGUGUGUUGGAGUCAGUCAUCCUCCGCAGUUUUGGCCCUGAAGGAGGACAGGUGCUGUUUACUCGAGACACAGGACAGGCGAUGUUGAGCCGCAGUGGGACUCGCGUUCUCACUGCCCUCCGACUGGAGCAUCCACUUGCCAGGAUGGUUGUGGAGUGUGUCUCCAAGCACAGCAAUGCAACAGGCGAUGGAUCCAAGACCUUUAUCCUACUGCUGGCGUCAUUACUACGGAUGAUUCAUACAACAGCCUGCAAGGAGCCGAAUGUGUCUCACACCUAUAACUCCAGGAAAGCAGCAGAGGCUGCCACUGCCAGGCACUUGGCUGACGAAAUGCUCGCAUUUGCAUCGAAGAGGCUGGAUGAAUUCAUUGCCACAGGAGUGGUCCCGUAUGGGUGCUGUCUUUCGUGGGAGGAUUUCACUGCAAAAACACAAUCCCCAGCACACACAAACAAUCACUGUGUUCAAAGGCUGCUUGCAUCGUUCUUUCACACACGCCUGGGUCCUACCCACUGUGACUUUAUCAGCAACCUCACCUGUAAACUGCUCACUCACUGGAAGGUUAAAAAUGACCUACAUUCCUCGUCACUUCAGUUUCUAGAUCAAAAUUUUGCUGCCUUGCAUACACAGGUAUCAGGCUUCCCUAUUAGUUGUUCACGUUUGAUUGAGGGGCAGGUCAUUCACAGGGACUUUGCGACACCCUACCCUCAGACUGACCACCAGCUAGUUAAAGCUGUCAUUUUCACAGGAUACCUGCAGCCAAAAUUGCUCAGUGCAGGAGAAGUGCUGGAGCUAGGUGGAGAGCAAGGGGUGGAGGAGAAUUCAAGAAAGGGGAGAAGUAUUGUGCAGUUUAGCGCCUGGGCAGAAAGGUCACUAGAGUGCAUCAUUGCGAAUCUGCAGAGUCUGGGUGUCUCUGUGCUCCUGUCUGCAGUGAAACAGUCUGCUGCUGUCAUGACUUUUGCUGCACAGGCAGAGAUGUGCAUUGUGGAAUGUGUCAGUGAAGAUGAGCUGUCUCUCUUUGCCCGGCUAAGUGGGGCCACACCUGUCUCCGACUGCUGGAUGAUUGAACCAGAGCACGUUGCUACACUGACCUUUUGCAGACCAAUACUUCUGGGAGCCCAUAGAUAUGUGCAUGUGGCUUUUCAGGAUUCAGAGGAAAGGGUCACAGUCAAACCCUUUAGUCUGGUCAUUUGUGGUGCAGGGGAAGGGCAGACCGACCAGUAUACCUCUGCUUUUCAAGAUGCUAUCCGUAUGCUACUUUCAACUUGGGAGCCCAUGGGUAUGACUGCAACCAUAACAUCAGAAAGGACCCUGCAGCCAAACAAAAGUACACCUUUACAUACAGACAGCGACAUCCCUAAUGCAUCUCUCUCCAAACAGCAGGUGUUGGAAUCGGGCUGUGUAAUACCUGCUGGUGGGACAUUUGAGUUUCUCUUAAGUCAUGCCCUCCUACAACAUGGCAGCAGUCUCUCAGUUUCUGAUGAUGCAACUGUGUGUGUCCCUGCUUUUUUCAAACUGUUGGCAAAUGCCCUGCUGAGCGUGCCUCGACAGAUUUACUCCCACAGUCCGCGACGUUUCCUGCAGACUCAAACCAGGUUCCUGAGUUUAAUUCAAAAUCAUUCCCACCCUUUCAGUAUUGUAAACAAACAAGAACACAACACAAUCCCCACACAGAGUCGGGGUAAAAGUGAGUGUCCUCUAGAGGCGGGUAAACUAACUAAGCAUUGUUGUGGAGAAGCAGACAUGUCAUCAAAUGUUUAUAUGUCGGACUCAGGCCUUGAAUCCAUCUCCUGUAAAUACCAGCUUCUUCUGGCUGUGCUGCAGUGUGCCUCAAGUCUUCUCCAUGUGGACACUGUGCUGCACACAUGCAAUUCUUUACACACUCAGUCACGCAGACUUAAAAACAUUUCCUGGGAGGGCACAGAGGACGAGGCUGAAGACUGACAUCGUAUUGUGUCCCAAGAUGAAAGCUAUAAAAACAUUCUCCCUCAGAGUUUACUCAGGUUUCGUUCAAAAGUUGGAGGAAAUAUUUUGCACUGUAAUUCAGAUUGCUACAGCAAUUUUGUAUGCCACAGCAUUUUCUUUAUGCUUUUGCUUCACUAAUAUGUUUGUGAUGCAAUUUUAUACUUUCACUAUGAUGGUAAAUUACAUUUCAUGGCAGUACUGUUAUGUGGUGCAGUUUAUAGGCCAAUAAAAUGUUACAAUAGGCCUGUUUCAACCUGUCCUGAAUCAAGGCUAGGAUUGACAAUAACACUAAAAAAAGAAAACAUCAAACAACUUAGUGUUAAUCACUGCAUAGAACGGGCUGUGCAGUUGUUAUCAUAUAAUUUAGACUUCAUCAACUGUGUUAAAGUGAAGUAGUGUGAGUGAGUAAAUGUUGACGUUGGCAUGUUUCCUCCUGAGUUCCCAUCAUGGUUCCUAUUUUCAACAUUUCUCUUUCUUAUCUCAGUUUUCCUGCCCUCUUCCCUUGGCCAGUACACAUUCUGUUGGAUAAAAGGCACACACACAGAACAACAUGGAGACAUCGUCUCACACUUUUACACACUCCUUUUUAUAAUCAGUGUUAUCUCUAUAGUGGGGGUGGGGUGUCUGAGAGGGCAACACCCGGCUCUCAACAACCAAAUCAAAGUGUACUUCCUUUUACUAUUAUCAGAGGAACACUAACUCUAUUCUCACUUCUUUUUUGGUAAAAUAGUGAGUGAUUAGAAUUAGCUAGACUGACCACCAUACAUGAUUGUGCACUGUUUACUGUAAUCAGUGUGCGUGCAUAGUUUUAAACAUAAAUGUUCCGUAAAUUAAUUAUGAUGGGAUGACUCAGAACACAAAUGGUUCUUGGCUCUGUUUGUGCUUUGGCACAAACUUGACGUGAGUCACACAUGAUAAUCGCAAAUAUCAAAGAUGGGAAAGUAGGGGGAGGAUUCAGAAUGUUUUUUCCACUGCGCAAAUGGAAAAGAACCUGGAUGUUGUUUUCAGUUUUAUCAAGGUCCCCACGCCCCUUGUUACCCUUUCAUGGCCCCUAUAUCCUGCACAGCUUUAUCUUAACACACCAAGCAGAAUCAAUUUGAUAAGUGAUUAAUUUAAUAGUGAUGCUUUUGCUAUGUAGUUGCUGAACUUUACUCGGUGACCUCCUGAUAAUAGGCGUAUUGAAAAAUGACAGCUCAUUUGACUCCUUUACUGUGUGAAAGUGAGUGAUUGCAUGCCUUAAUAUAAAAUCCUUAGAGUCGACUCAGUCAG